CGCAACACGCCGAGUCUUAAUGAUUUCCCUCGUAUUGAUGAAUCUACAUUGUAUUCAAAGAACUAUAAACGAAUGUCACGUCGACUCGAACCGUUCACAUUAAAUUUAUUCUCAGUUAAAAUAACAUUAACGGAAAUCAAGUUUUUAGUGAUUAUCGACUUCUUUGUUUGAAUAAUUCACACAGUGAGCUCGUUCCUACCGUCUGUACCGUGGACUCUAAACAAUACUGUUAAAAUGUAACAAGAGUGUGACGAACAGUGAGCGAUUGAAACAGCAUUAAUUGCGGAAAGCUGGACAACAACGACCCUGAGGAAACCUGGUAAACCCGGAAUCUGGUGGGGAUAUAGUGACGUUCCAACGUUAACAUCACGAUCGCGAUCAAUCAGCACGAUGAUUCAACUUGUUCCUAUUUACUGAAUGGAGUCCAACGUUCUAUGAAUCUGUUACCACCGAACAGAUCGGUUUCAGCUAAAAGUAGCUACAGUCGUGCGCGAGUACAAAAGCGUUUCCUUCUCUAAGCGAAACAAGCGCGCGAUGUACAACGCGUAUCGGCGUUAACAUUCAUUAGGGUAGAUAACGCGAGCCGCAAAUUUUUAUUUUUGCAAUCGUAAUUUCCGUUUGGUGUGCCGCUUCUUUGUUCCGCCGUCAACGAAUCUUGGAAUCGUGCGGGGCAGUCCGAUGCAAGAGACCUGCCCGCUGAUGUUGGAUCUUAAAAACCGUGCGUUUUCCGUGCAUUGAGGAUGUUUAUUGGCAACCACUGUCUGAAAAUAUCGUACGCGAAGGAUUAUAAUCGACAGUGAAUUAAUGAACAAUGGCGCGACCAAACACCAACAGCAAUGAAAUCAUUUACAUGGACGACGUAGAGGACGGAGUGACGGAACCGUUGACCUCCAAGGAAUUGGAGGCGACUAUUACACCGCGUUUCGUCUCCUUGUUGGAGACCGACAACACGAACAACCCGCGACCGACUUCCGGGCCUGAAAUCGACGACCUCGAGCCAGAGCGGAAGCCAUCGAUCGGUUUCGAUCAUCGGGGAAUAGACGACGGUCUCCUGCCGACUGCUCCACGCACACCGGACAUCUCUAACUUCCCUGUUAACAAUAUUCCGUUCUUUCCGGUGGCGCCUAUUCAACCGAUACCCGACGUGAAUAUCUAUCAGCAUAAGAAGACGCUCGCCCAAGGAAUGAUGGACCUGGCCCUUCUCUCUGCCAACGCGAAUCAAUUGCGUUACGUUUUACAAACUGACGGGGGACAUCCGUAUUUUUAUCCUUCGUUGGUCAUGAUAGGUGCUAGCUUGUUCUUGCAAAUCGCUGUAGGAAUAGGUCUGAUCUGGAAUAGCAGAUACAACGUGAAAGACAAUGCGCAAAUGUGCAAGGCCGAACGGGCGAACAAUUGGACAGUGAUCGGUAUAUUUUUGGUGACCAUUCUUAACGUUUUUAUCUCGUCGUUCGGAGUUGUUGACCAGGUCACGGUCAUUCCCGCAUGAUCCCUGGAAAAUUGUACAAUAAGACUCGAUCGAAUUGAACGGUUCGUUCAAUCGUAAGUAUAAGUAUUGGACUGAUUUGUGAUCUCGUUUUAUUUUCUUAGAAAGAUUAAAGUUGAAUACAGGAAGGGAUUAGCUGU